CACAGGAUGCCCAUAAUUCCAUAUUAAACUUUGACGAGAAUGUGUCGUGUCGUGCAUCAUCAUCAGGCGCAAUAGCAGCAUUCGGUACAUCAUGUGCAGUAGACACAGCAGCCGGUGCAAGUACCUCAUCCGAUGAUACGUGGAGUGCUAGUUACCGGUACGCAGAAUGGUGGAGGUGAAGGAUGCGAACCUUUCCUUUCGACCUUUCGAACAAAGAUGCUCCGUUGCAAGCCGGUACGUGAAUGGUGCCGGUGGUGUGCCGAAGGAAAUCGCCGGUCGUGAGUGGAGUGCGGAGACGAUAGAGGACAUCAAUGCGACUACAGCGGUGCUUGCCCUGAAGCAUGGACCGAAAAUUGUCAUCGAAAACUCCUUCCGUAAUGGCACGCCACCGGCUAUCACAUCACCGCAGCGCGGGAGACCGAUCGGCUACGGCCCUGAUCGUCAAUGAGGGGUCCCCUCUGCUGAUCGGGAAUGGUAGCAGCUGCUGCUCGUCAUCCGACGAACGGAUCCACAAUGAAUUGCUGCGGCAUGCACUGACGCAUCAUCCGCUCCAUCACCACCACCAUUCUAAUCAGCAUCACAGUGAGGUUCAGCAACGGUACCUCAUCGGAUGCUGCUUACGAAAACAGCGAGUAAAGCCUCCAUCCACAUCAUGCAUCGGCCAAGGAUAUGUGCUCUCCUCCCCAGCCUCGUUGAACGGUUCGUUAAAGCGAUCAGAACCGAACGAUUCGUACAGUGGGACCCCGACCGAUUACCAUCAUCACCAUCACCACCGUAAUCGACAGCAACUCGUUGCAUCAUCGGAUGAACGGACAAUGCAGAUAGCAAACGGUGCCGGCACUCCUCGACCCUAUCAUCCGCAUAACCUCGGCAUGGAGUACGGUGGCCCAGCACCACCGUCACUGCCAGGUACGGGUACCACGGUGACCCCAACCUAA